GUGGUUUUAAAUUUAAAACGCGUCCCCUCGUUAGUUCUUCGAAGUUGAGUCAAAGCUUAUAUAAAGCCAACGGCUACAUUACCGUUCCUCCUCCUCCUCUUUCUCUUCUCUCUCUUAUCGUCGACGACAACCCUUUUUGCGCCGGAGCAGAGAAAAUCGGCGAAAAGAUCGCGCAAAUUAGAAACGGAAAAAGCACCAAUAUCGGAAAAGAAAAAAAUGACGAGUAGUGUAAAUUAACCGGGUAGUUUGGAUCGCCACCUCCACGGUUUUUGUUGUUUCGUUGUUCAAUUUAAAAAGCUCUCAUUUCUGAACAUUCUCUUUCGAUUCUUUUCGAAAAGAAUCCACUGCCUCUCCUGACCAAGUUUAGAAUUUCACCCUUUGCAAUAGAACACAAAAAAACAAAGAUUUGCAGCUAUGUGCCAGUCCCUUUGACUAUCAUUGCUGAGAUUGAAACAAAGAAAAUUUUGAUCUCUUUUUUUCAUUUUCUUUCUUCAUUCUUCGUUCUUGUUUUUGAGUUAGCCAACAAAAAACAAAGCCUUGUUUUCUUAAUUUAUUUACCAAAAAGAAGGAGAGACAAACAACAUUUGCAGAAAUGUCUGUUGCCGAUGUUGCUUUGAGUCCUGUUUGUCAAGAAGCGGUUCACUCUCGUCGUUAUUGCAAUAACCAACGGCCGGGUGAGUCGAUCUUGAUUUACCUUUCGGUUGCCGAUUCGGUGAUUCCAAUGCGGGUUUUGGAGUCAGACUCCAUAGCCUCCGUAAAGCUUCGGAUCCAGACAUGUAAAGGGUUUGUAGUGAAGAAGCAGAAGCUUGUUUUCGGAGGCAGAGAAUUGGCUCGUAACGAUUCGCUUGUUAAAGAUUAUGGCGUGAAAGGUGGGAAUGUUUUGCACUUAGUUUUAAAGCUUUCCGAUCUUUUGUUUAUCACUGUACAGACAACUUGCGGGAAGGAAUUUGAAUUGCAUGUUGAUAGGUAUAGAAAUGUUGGGUAUUUGAAACAAAGGAUAGUUAGAGAAGGAAAGGGUUUUGUGGAUGUUGAUGAACAAGAAAUAUUUUGUAAUGGAGAAAAAGUCGAUGACCAAAGGCUAAUUGAUGAUCUAUGCAAAGAUAAUGAUGCUGUGAUUCAUUUGGUGGUUCAGAAAUCAGCCAAAGUUCGAGCUAAGCCUAUUGAGAAAGAUUUGGAACUUUCGGUUGUGGCUGAGAGUGGUUUAGAUGAGAGGAGAGGUAGUCUAGGAGGAGAAAAAAACCAAUCCAAGGGCCUUGAGAUUGCGACAAAGGAGCCAAUUGUUAGAGAUUUCUGGUUGGAACCUGUUUUUGUUAAUCCUAAGGUGAAAUUGCCUUCUUUUAUGUGGGAUAUGAUACAUUCGACAUUUUACGGAUUGGAGAUAGGGAAUCAGCCAAUUAGAUCGUCUGAAGGGACUGGGGGGGCUUAUUUUAUGCAAGAUAAAUUGGGGCUUGAUUAUGUUUCCAUAUUUAAGCCGAUUGAUGAGGAGCCAAUGGCUGUGAACAAUCCACAGGGGUUGCCUGUAUCAACAAAUGGUGAAGGCUUGAAAAAGGGUACAAGGGUUGGAGAAGGAGCAGUGAGAGAAGUGGCUGCUUAUAUAUUGGAUCAUCCCAAGAGUGGACCUCGAUCUUUCUCUGGUACUGAGAUGAUGGGGUUUGCUGGUGUGCCACCUACUUGUAUGGUUCGGUGCUUGCACAAAGGAUUUAACCAUCCAGAUGGGUAUGAAUGUGCACCCGAGAAUGUUAAGGUUGGAUCCUUGCAGAUGUUUAUGAAGAACUCUGGGAGUUGUGAGGACAUGGGUCCCGGAGGUUUCCCUCUGGAGGAAGUACACAAGAUCAGCGUGUUUGAUAUAAGAAUGGCAAAUGCUGAUAGACAUGCAGGGAAUAUCUUGAUUGGCAAAGGGGAAAAUGGCCAGACCAAGCUUAUUCCAAUUGAUCAUGGCUACUGCCUGCCUGAGAAUUUUGAGGAUUGCACAUUUGAUUGGCUUUACUGGCCACAAUCACGGCAGCCUUACUCUGCAGACACCAUUGACUAUAUAAAAUCACUGGAUGCUGAACAAGAUAUUGCACUUCUGAAAUUUUAUGGGUGGGAUGUUCCUGUUGAGUGCGCUCGCACUCUCCGUAUCUCCACCAUGCUUUUGAAAAAAGGGGUUGAGCGAGGUCUCACUCCCUUCACCAUUGGAAGCAUCAUGUGUAGAGAAACUGUGAAUAGGGAAUCUGUGCUUGAGCAGAUUGUUCGUGAAGCUCAGGAUGCCCUACUCCCAGGCAUGAGUGAAGUUGCAUUCAUUGAAACUGUCUAUCAAGUCAUGGAUUCUUGGCUAGACAAGCUCAUAAAUUGACAAUAACUUAGUUCAUGGUACAUAUUUGUACGUAUUCACUUAAUGAUGAGUCCAUUUUAGUUUGGACCGCAAAUUAUGCGAAUGCAGAUGGCUUAUCUUCUUUUACAUAAGCCUGAAGCUUUCGUUUUUCUACCUUCUUUUCUCCAUCUAGUUGUUACUUGAUCAUGUAUCGUUAUUUUGAACAGAGUCAAAGCUACAGAGUAAUAUGAAUUCUGCUAAGAUUCUACUUCAAAAAGAGCUAUAAAACUUGUACAUAGUGUCUCUGAUCUGAAAUUUAGGUUUGAAGGUGUGUAACAUUGAGCAGAGUCCAUGUUAAUGAAUAAUUGUUCAGCAUUGUUAAGGGACUAUUAUUAUAGAUUAUUCACUAUGUUGCAACUGUUUUAUUAUAUAAGUAUUCGUUGCCUUCGUGUAUUAUUAAUUUUUUUUUUUUAAAUUCUUAAUCUUUCAUUAAAUCUCUCUUACUCUAUUACUUUAUCAAAGAUGAUAUUAUGCCCAUAAACUUUAUCAAACUCGUAAUUUUUAAGUGUUAACUUAAAUGACAUGUCAACUGAUUUAACUUGUUAAAACCUUAAUUACGAGGGUAAUUUUAACCGUGGCCAAGGAGUUGCAUUGAAAAUUUCUAAACUAAAAUUUCCCGUCUUGAUUGAGUAUUUUGUGGACUUUUUGCCCAGGGUUUUGAAAGGUAACUAAUAAUGGGCCAAAUCAGCCUCGUCCAUUUUCCGGAAUAAUGGGUGAGCCUAUACUGAAUAGACAACGAAGCUGGCCGGCCCUUCCCAUAUUCCCUCGAGACCAAUAAUAAGUAAUCAGCAUUUUUCAGUUUUCUUUUGGAAGGAAGCACUAGCAAACUAAAAUCAAAGUUAUACAAGAGUGG